AGUGCUUGUCUAUUUUCGGCAGGGUACGGAGCUGCUGGCUCUCGCGACCAUCGAAACCAACGUAACCGAAUCUCCGCCAAUCAGCUAGGAAAAGUGCCUGCCAUUUCCACGUCGAAUUGCAUCUGAGAGAAGCUUCGAUAAGAAGGCAGUGAUUGACUUGGCUUCGGGCAGUCUUCAGUCAUCGAUCAGCGCACCUCAAACCAAAGUCGGCAACGGUCGCUCUCGCUUCGGAAGAACGAGUCCCAUUGAUAAGCCUGGAUUUGAACUAGACGGUUGUCUAACCUCCACAUCCGCGAAUUUUCCCAUUCAUUGUUGUCAAAAAUUAUGUGCUAGGCUUGACCGCAAGAGAAGAUUCGUACAACUCUUCUACAGCUAGUUUACCAAGGAUCACGAUGCCCGACACGGAAAUCAUCGUUACUAAUGCCGGGGAGCCCUCCACCAAGGCGAGUCUCAUCGUGGUCUCCAAUCGGUUGCCGUUUGUGCUCAUCCGGAAUCCGGAGACCGAUGAGCUGGAACGCAGGGCCAGCGCCGGUGGCCUGGUGACUGCAGUGUGCCCGGUGGUGAUCAAGGGCAGUGGUCUCUGGGUGGGCUGGUCGGGUAUCCACUUGAAGGAUCCUAACGAGGCCAUUCCCGAGUCCAAUCCCAACGAUCAGACGCCGACUGCUGGCCUCAAGUCCGAGCAGGUGGUAUCCGUGAACAUCGAUUCGAAGAUCUUCGAUAGCUACUACAACGGAUGCUGCAACAAGAUGUUCUGGCCACUGUUCCACUCGAUGCCGGGAAGAGCCAACUUCGGAGGCGAGCACUGGCACGACUAUGUGACUGUCAACAAGCACUUUGCCGUGCGGACCAUCGAGGCUUUGGAGAAGUGCCUGGCCAAAAACCAGGGCAGCGAGAAGAGUCCACCGAUUGUCUGGAUCCACGACUACCAUCUCAUGCUGGCUGCCAAUUGGGUGCGCGAGCACGCCGAGGAGAAGAACCUGCCCUGCCGACUGGCUUUCUUCCUGCACAUCCCAUUCCCACCAUGGGACAUCUUCCGCCUGCUGCCCUGGUCCGAUGAGAUCCUACAGGGUAUGUUGGGUUGUGACCUGGUAGGCUUCCAUAUUCAGGACUACUGCUUGAAUUUCGUGGACUGCUGCCAGCGCAAUCUCGGCUGUCGUGUGGACAGAAACAAUCUGCUGGUGGAACAUGGCGGGCGCACUGUUCGCGUCCGUCCGCUUCCCAUUGGUAUUCCCUACGAACGCUUCGUUAACCUGGCCAAUAGCGCAACCAGGGUGCUGAAUACAUCCAAGAUGCAAAUCAUCCUGGGAGUGGACCGACUGGACUACACCAAGGGCCUCGUCCAUCGCCUUAUGGCCUUUGAGGCCCUGCUGCUGAAGUAUCCGCAGCACAAGGAGAAGGUGAGCCUGCUGCAGAUCUCGGUGCCGUCGCGAACCGAUGUAAAAGAGUACCGGGAGCUGAAGGAGGAAGUGGACCAGCUGGUGGGCCGCAUCAACGGCCGCUUUACCACCGCUAACUGGGCGCCCAUCCGCUACAUCUACGACUAUGUCAGCCAAACCGAAUUGGCUGCUCUGUACAUGGAUGCGGCUGUUUGCCUGGUAACUCCACUUCGCGAUGGCAUGAACCUGGUGGCCAAGGAGUUCGUGGCCUGCCAGAUCAACGAGAGUCCCGGCGUGCUGGUCAUCUCACCGUUCGCAGGAGCCGGCGAGAUGAUGCACGAGGCGCUGCUCUGCAAUCCGUACGAGGUGAACGAGGCCGCCGAGGUGAUCCACCGAGCACUGACCAUGCCCGAGGAUGAGCGCGUCCUACGUAUGACUCGGCUGCGCCGUCGUGAAGCCGAGUGCGAUGUGAGCCACUGGAUGCGUUGCUUCCUGAAGGCGGUGGGCGCUCUGGAGAUGGAUGAUGUGGGCACCACCAUUAUGCAGCCAGUGUCCGUGGACGAUUUCGAUGACUACUUACUGAAAUACAUCGGCUAUAACCACAAGUUGGCUCUGCUGCUGGACUACGACGGCACCUUGGCGCCCAUUGCUCCUCAUCCUGAUCUGGCCACGCUCUCGCCCGAGAUUAAGAAUGUACUAUAUAAGCUGUCCAAUCACUCGGACGUCUACGUGGCCGUCAUCUCGGGUCGCAACGUGGACAAUGUGAAGAAGAUGGUUGGCAUCGAGGGCAUCACCUAUGCGGGCAAUCACGGUCUCGAGAUCCUUCAUCCGGACGGCAGCAAGUUCGUACACCCAAUGCCCAUGGAGUACGAAAAGAAGGUCAGUGAUCUGCUGAAGGCUCUGCAGGACUCCGUUUGCCGCGACGGCGCUUGGGUGGAGAAUAAGGGGGCGUUGUUAACGUUCCACUACCGAGACACGCCCAAUCACCUGAGGGGAGCUAUGGUCGACAAGGCGCGCUCUUUGAUCGAAAAGUACGGCUUCAAGGCCACGGAGGCGCAUUGCGCUCUGGAAGCUCGUCCGCCGGUGCAGUGGAAUAAGGGUCGGGCCUCGAUCUACAUCCUGCGCACAUCCUUCGGCGUGGACUGGAACGAACGCAUCAAGAUUAUCUAUGUGGGUGACGAUCUAACAGACGAAGACGCCAUGGUGGCACUGAAGGGUAUGGCGCGAACUUUCCGUGUGACAUCGUCGGAUAUUGUGAAGACCGCUGCGGACCAUCGACUUCCCUCCACAGACUCCGUGUACACGCUGCUGAAAUGGGUGGAACGACACUUCAUGGGACGCAAGGCGCGCGCCAAUUCGCUGACCUACAGGCCCACCAAGGGCGACGGCGUCCAGAUGCAAAUGUCCCUGGAGGUGGCCGCUUCGGCGAACAAUCUGGAGGUGUGAGCCCAGAUAUCAAUGCAUUACCUAUGUAUGCCUCGUAACUCAGAUAAAUUUUAAGAUUUUAAGAAUAAAGAAAACGGAUUUGUAGCUUAAA